AUGGUAACUGUUUUUGGAGUUAUGUUCCGAGGGACACGUGGAGGAAGUGCAACGCGAAAGGAUCUCACUUACACUCAAAAUAUCAGCAUUGAGAGAAAAGAGUCAUCAUUGAGAGAAUGCGGGAAUCAAUCUCCACCACCUCACAAACCCUUCAUUCUCUGCACUCAGAAUGACUCUGUCAAUUUUACCAUCAUUGAAUCCUCCGCGGAUUUCAAACAUCUCUCAACCUUUAACCACCCCAAAAACAUCAAAGACUUUGAUCACCUGUUUCCAAAAUUAACACACAAAACAAUUCCAGACGAUAUUGAUAUUGAAAGUAACAAAACUUUCAUCUUUCCGUUAUUGGCUUUGCAGGUCUCGGUUUUCCCCGGCCAUGGUGUUUGCAUUGGCAUCACAUUCUGUCACUUGAUGGAUGGUAUUAGUUGCACUCAUUUCAUGAAUUUUUGGUCCCUUAUCCAUCGAAGAGGUGAUGGAGUCGAAUUGAAGCCACCGCCUUGUUUUGACAGAGAUAUAUUGAAGGAUCCAAAAAGACUUGAGGAAGUUUUCUCAAGCUAUUAUUUUAGCAAUAGGAAAACAUGGAAAGAUAAAUCCAUUGUUGGAAGUAAAACUUCUGAAGAAUAUGUAAAGGCUAUUACUGUUUUUGAGAAAGAAGAAAUUGAGAAGAUGAAAAGAUGGGUAUUAAGUAAGUGGAUAAAAGACGAUGAAGAAAUCACAGCAGCACCACAAUUUCUAUCGAAAUUUGUUGUGACUUGUGGUUUUGUUUGGGCUAUUAUGAUUAAAACCAUGUAUAGAAACGAUGAUAAUGAUGAUGAAAGAAUUGAGAAUUUUUUCUUCGCAGGUAACUGUAGAGAGAAUUUAGGGUAUCCAAUACCAGAGGGGUAUUUUGGAAACUGUUUAGCGCUUCAUCAUGCAUCAUUGAAGAGAAAGGAUAUGAAAGGAGAAAAUGGUUUUUUGAAUGCUGUUAAAGUAAUAGAAAAGGCAGUAACUGAGAUGAAAAAUGAACCUUUUAAAGAUGCAGAUGAAUGGAUGGUUAAGUAUAUUAAGAUGUUUGAGAUUGGAAAUAUAUUCUCAGUAAGAGGGUCGCCGAAAUUUAAUGUUUAUGAGAUUGAUUUUGGAUUUGGAAAACCUGUUAAAGUUGAGACGAUGCAUUCUUCUAGAGUUAUGUCUCUUGCAGAAAGUAGAGAUGAAGAAGAUGGACUUGAAGUUGGAUUGGUAUUUAAAAUUGAAGAAUAUGAAUAUUUUUGUUCUCUCAGAGAACAAGGACUAGCAACUUUUACCUUCUAACCAAGGUGCUACUGUUGUUAUCUUUUAAUAGGUUUGUCAACAUUUUUUUCCACCUACUAAUUUCAUUUGAGUAAAAGUGAUUUUGAGUGUGUUUUCCUUCA